CACACCCACAGCAGCAAAGCGCGCAACAACAGCAAACAAACCAACAACCAAACCCACGUGCACACACCACACUCGCGUCGACGCACAGGCAACCAUGUCGUUGAGGAGCAAGGCGUCGCCGCUGUCGCCGGUUGAGGCACUGAACGCGCUGGCUGAUGCCCUGCUGGCUGCAAGUGCUACGUCGUCGCCCACUGUGCCCACGCCAACCACCGCGGGAGACGUGCACGCAUUUGUGGUGGCUUUGGACGAGGCCGUGUAUGCGCUGGCCAGCCAACCUCCAGCUGAUCAGCGGCUGGCACAGGCCGCGCUCCACCGCCUUGUGGAGGCCGUGUACCCAGCGCACGACGCUGGCGACGUUGCUGGCGGGCUGGCCGUGAUUGCAGAUCGCGUCCUCACACUCAUCUCGGAGCAGCUGGAUGUCUGGAACAGUGCCGACACAUGGCAGCGCGUGUUUGACCAGGGCGCCGCCGACAGCGAUUCCGAGGACGAGGACGCUGCCCAGACGUCCAUCUUUGAUGUUGAAGACGAGGUUUCAACCACCCCAGUUGCUUCCGACGACAGUUCUCGCAUCCCCAGAACCCGCAGGCGCAAGCCUGUGAUUCCCCUCGUUGUCCUCUGCGAUAUUGCGACCGUGGUGCUGACGUCGCCGGCGUGGGCGAAUGCACGCGGUCCAGUGUUGCGGGACCAGCUCUUGCCUCGCAUCGUCUCCACUAUGACGCAGUGGCUGCCACACACGUGUGUGAGCGGUCGCCGCCAGGCCCUUAUCGCCAUCACCACCUGCAUCAUCGACGUUGCUGGCGAGGAAGAGGCUGCCAAGCAGAUCUGGCCUGUGCUGCGAGACAUGACCAGCGAUCCCGAGAAGGACACCGGCCGCCUCGCCGUCGUGUGCAAGCUCAGCACAACCCUUCUUCGAAGUGACAGCGCAGCCGUUGGCGACCCGAUUCUCUGGCAACUCGUCCUCGACGCAGUCAGCCACAACGAUCCUGCCCAGCGCAAGCGCGCCAACCACAUUCUACGUACAUGGCAGUCCCAGCUCGCACCAGGCACAACCAUCACCGUCACGCCCGGCCGGCCGGCCCCUCUCGUCGUUGGCGAUGAAUGCACCGAAGUGCUCACAACUGCCCGUCUCAAGCAGUUGCAGGCGUCGUGGUCGAUGUUCGUGCUCGUCGCAGAAACGCUCGAAGUGAAGCAGAUUCACAUCAUCAGGCCUGCUGCGCAGAAGUUGAAGGCGUUGAUGAAGGAGAGUAUGGGCGUGAACGCCGUUAUCCCGCUGCCGUGGAUCGAGGCCCUCUUUGGGCUGAUGUUCGUGCACAACCGGGCGACCGCGCGCGUUCUGGGCGUCGUCACCUGUCUCUCCCUAAACUUUAAGGAGUCACCGCAUCUCGUGUCGGCGGCGUUUUUGUACGAGCACCUCGUCCCUGCAGUCGCAUCCGUUUCCCUCUACUCCCGGAACAUCAACGCCAAGACAGACGCAGACAGGGCCCCUAUGCCCGGGCCCCUCAUUGCGCCGUUUUUUGCGUCUCUGCUCUCGUCGCCGCUGCUGACGCACUCGGAUGUGAUUGCGCACCAGCGACGCUUCAUUGCAGCUGUCAACACACACUGCCGCCACGUCGUCCCAUUCAUCUUCCUCGCCAAGGUGAUGGUGUCGUGGCCAAAGCGCGACGACACGUGGGAUUCCGCCAGUUUGCAUGCGUUCCGCUUGGCAGCAGCGUACAACUGCAGGGCACAGGAGGUUGCGCUGCGCAAUGCGUCGCUGCAUGUGGUGCUGCGUGUGCUGAUGACCAACAUCACCGCCACCUCUGUUGCUCUCGAAGGAUUCCAUCUCCAGCCGCUCAUCGACCUCUUCUCCCUCUUCACAGCACGCGACUGCUGGGUCUUUGGCGAUGAUCUGUUCUGUGAGGCAUCAGCGUGGUUCCAGUCCCUCUUCCUCGAACCACAACAGCAGCAACAACAGCCCACCACCACCACCACCAAUGCUGCUGCCACCAUCCUGGAAUCGUUCCUGCGCGAUGGCGAUGGCGACCACGCAGCUGCUCCCCCGACAUCCCAGACUACGGGCACCGCCGUUGCUCUCCUUCUCCUCGCAGCACAGGGCACAGAUGUUGCUGACGCGUGCUUCUCCGACUUUUGGUCGACCCUUCGCUCCAUCUUCACGCGUACGCACAUGCCUGCGGGCCGCAAGACGCGGCUGCUGUCGCUGUUUACCGCGUGUGUUGAGCUGCUGCUGACGGCGGAUGCGCACGAGCCGCUCGGCUGUAGGACAGACGUCAUCCUCUUCCAGCAGCGCCGCCACACAACAGCGUUUGCGCAGGAGAUGAGCCAAUGGGCACGACGCAACAGCGCCGCUGCUGCCGAAAGCGUGAUGCAAUAUUGCCUGUCCAGGUGGACGCGCGAUGCGCUCGCUGUUCUCUCUGACCCGGAUGCAUUUGAGAUUGAGCUGGACGCCCUCCGUAUCCUCGCCAAGAUCACCCGCAGUAUCCACGCCGCUGUGGAACAACGCGCCCUUCCGUGGGCUAUGCAGAGCGAGGAGGAGGACCGCCGCCUCAUUGGCGUAUGCGCACUCGCGUGUUUGCCCACGGCAAAUGCCGGUGUUGGUGUGGACGGCGUCUGGUCAGACGACAUGUUGAGCGAGCGGGUGCUGCUGCUUGCCUCGUGCCGCGUGCCCAAGCGGUCUCUGUCAGCCGAGGAGCGCGAACGCGUGCCUGCAGGCAACAUGCCGUGGUCGCGGCUUGCCCGCCUUGCCCCCGAGCACUGCUGGGUUGGCGUGCGUGACGUCCUGUUUGCCGCCAUGCGCUGCUUUGCCGUCACGGCCCUCAGCCCAUUCGUUCCCUACCCGUCAACCAUCCAGCGCACACGCGAUGCUGUGGGUGGUGUUGGUGGUGUCCAUGGCGCGAGUGCUGUUGGUGCUGUGGCGGGACCCCGCGCGCGCAUGACGGGUGCUGGUCUGCGGGCGCUGCUGGUGGAGGUGACAGCCGCCAUCAACAGCAUGAUGCGCGAAGAGACAGUGCCCACCAUCACCGCCGCCGCGCUCGCCAUCUGGCUGACGCGCGUGGCGGACGUGGAUGCGCACGCCGUGCACGCGCUGCUGUCGACGCUCAUGCGCGAGCUAACGGCGGUCAAUUCGCACGGCCGCACAGUUGCACCGGGCCUGGCGCUGCUGCACGCGGCCAACGCUGUGGUGUUUAACCCGGUCGCCACGACAGCGGCUGCCAUGAACGUGGACGUGAUGGCAGCCGUGGCGCAGUGGGUGUCGGAGCUGUUGACUGUGGCGGAGAACGCGGGACGGGAGGAGAAGCGGGGCAUGAUGCUGAGCACGUCGCUGUGGCUCAGCAGCACGCUCACCCACGCCAACACGGCACUUGCUGUUGACGACAGCACGAAUGAUGGUCAUGGUGGCAGCGAUGCGCUGCAGCACGCGGUUGUGAAAGGGCUUGCGCCGACGGUGGCGAAGAUGCUGCUGUUUGGCCCCUUGACGCUGCCAACGCUCCUUGUCAUCUACGACACCAUCGCAUACUGCACAGCCGAGGGGCUCGUCACGCUGCAGCUUCCCAACGGGGUCACGUCGCCGUUGGAUUCCCGCGUGAAUCGCGCCAUCCUUCUCGGCGCUGUCUUCAGCCUCUCCCCGGCAACGCUUUCGCUGCUCUACCCUGCGCUGGCUGCUGCGGACGACGCCAUCACGGCCGACGGAUCCAACUUCCACACCAACACGCUCGACCACCGCUCGAAGCACCGGUGCUGGCAGGUGCUGGUGCUCAUGGCGGACCGCGGCACGGACGACGUGAAGGAUGCCCUGCUGCGGCGCUGUUUGGCACGCUUCACCUCGGAGCGGCAUCACUCUGUUCGGUACAUGAUUGAGUGGUGCCUGAUGCUCUUCCUCGCAGAGGGGCGCCUCUCCUUUGAAUCCCUCGCUAACAUGGACACCAACGCCGAGGCCAGGGUGGCGCACAUUUGCUCUGUGCUGACAGUGAUGUGGCGCGUCGUGGACGCCUAUCGCCCGCGUGAUUCAAAAUGGCUCGAGAUGUGCAGCUUUCUCCUCCAGUUCUCCCUUCCGCUCUCCCUUACCAUUCACAUGACGGCGCGGCUAUACAGCUCAACCACAUUUUACUCUGUCAUCAGGUUGUUGGAGCAGACGCGUGAUGAAGGGAACGGGCUGGAUAUCGAGUCGGUGCUGCGCGACCCGUAUCUGCAGCGAACAAAAGCAUUUCUGGAGCACGAGAGCGACGUCUUCAAAUACGUCACUGGCCUUCGCGCGGAUUUCUUCUUCUCCACGUUUGAUCCCAUCCACGACACGUCACUGGAGUUCAACUUUACGGAGGGCCCUGUGCUGUUUGGGCUGGCGGCGGACGAGGCGCUGUCGUCGCCAUUGAUUCGCCAGUUCUCCGAUGAGCGCGCGCUCGGGAAGUGGGCGGCACCUGCCCGCGCAAAGGCCGCAGACGCACUCAUUGGCAUGCGAUCCAAGCAAGAAGUCCGGCGCAUGGGCGAGGACGAGAGCGAGGAGGUGGACGCGAUUGGCAACGACGGUGACGAGCAAGGUGUCGGUGACGACAACGAAGAAGGCGAUGGUGCGCUUGACAUGGGCGCAGACAUCCAGAAGAAGAUUGACCCGUCCGCGCUCCUCGCCGCGCAGGACGAAGUCGCAUUUGGCGCAGAGAAUGCAGCGCAGAGCCAGCGGCACGCCACGCGCCAGCGGUCAAAGCUGGUCGUUGUCGCCUCCCUCAUCUCACUGGGCACCAACCUCGGUGGGCUGAGCCGCACGUGCGAAAUCUUCAACGUCGGCAUGCUUGUCCUUGCCGCCGAAAAAUACACGCGAACCAAGGAGUUUCGCGCGUUGAGCGUCACCUCAGAGCGCUGGCAGCACUUUGAGUUUGUUGAGCCAGCCAACCUCACGGAAUGGCUGCGCUCCAUGAAACAGCAGGGAUACACCAUCGUUGGUGUGGAGCAGACGGCGGACAGCGUGUCGCUGCCGCAGGUCAAGUUCCCAGAGUACACCGUGCUGCUGCUGGGCGACGAGGCAAAAGGCAUCCCCGCCGACCUCCUCACGGAGACGGACGUGAAUGUGGAAAUCCCGCAGAAGGGCGUCACGCGGUCCCUGAACGUGCACGUGAGCGCAUCGCUGCUCAUCUACAAAUACGCAGAGCAGCACGUGUUUGUGCAGUAGUGAGCGUUGUUUGGCAGGGGCACGUGAAGCGUUUGCCACGUCAUGAUGAACUUUUGUUUCUUUGCUUGAUUGAUUGCUUGAUUGCUUGCUUUGAUUUGCGUGCGUAUUGGAGUGGGAGUUGAUACAAAAUGCA